UAUUAGGUGUGCUCAACAUGAGCGUUAACGGCGCAACAUCCGUAAUCCAUUCGACAACAGAAAGGAAGCGUGUUUGAGUCGAAAUGCCCCGAACUUGCAGUGGACCUGCCUGUGAAGUGUCCGGUCCAGAGAGCGGAGAACCUCCACCAGCUCGAACUGAACCGCCAGUCUCCCAGCCAGAGUCUGAUCAAAGUGACCCGAGAAUAAUCAAAUCACCAAACGACCCGAAAAAAUACAGGUACAUUGAGCUGAGCAAUGGACUCAAAGUGCUACUCAUAUCAGACCUCACCCAAUCAGAGAGUAGCAAAGAGCCGGCUGAUGAAGAAGAGGAAGAGAAUGUUGACAGUGAGAGUGCUGAUGAAGACAGGAAUGACAUGAAUAAAUGCAGUGAAGAGAGGAAGAAGAAUUGCCGUUCAGAGAAACAGUCCGCAGCUGCGCUCUGUAUCAGCGUGGGAAGCUUCAGUGACCCUGCGGAUCUACCUGGUCUUGCCCAUUUCCUCGAACACAUGGUCUUCAUGGGCAGUGAGAAGUAUCCGGACGAAAAUGGCUUUGAUGCUUUCCUGAAAAAACACGGAGGAAGUGACAACGCCUCCACGGACUGCGAGCGGACCAUCUUCCAAUUUGAUGUUCAGAGGAAAUGCUUCAAAGAAGCACUGGAUCGGUGGGCGCAGUUUUUCAUCUGCCCCCUGAUGAUUCCUGAUGCAGUUGACAGGGAGGUGGAGGCCGUAGAUAGCGAGUACCAGAUGGGCCGACCAUUAGACUCUAACCGCAAAGAGAUGCUGUUUGGAAGUUUAGCAAAAGCCAGUCAUCCGAUGAGCAAGUUCUUCUGGGGAAAUGCUCAAACACUGAAAGACGAACCCAGAGAGAAGAAUAUCAACACUUAUGAGCGUCUGAGAGAGUUCUGGAGGAGAUUUUACUCUGCUCAUUACAUGACGCUCACUGUGCAGUCCAGAGACACACUUGAUACCCUGGAAGAAUGGGUGCGAGAGAUCUUUAUUAAGAUCCCAAACAAUGGCCAGCCACGGGUGAACUUUUCAGACCUUCAGGAUCCAUUUGAUACCCCAGAUUUCAACAAGCUUUACCGAGUGGUGCCAGUGAGAAAGGUUCAUGCGCUGACCAUCAGCUGGGCUCUUCCACCUCAAGGCAAACAUUACAGAGUGAAACCCCUGCAUUACAUUUCCUGGCUGAUUGGUCAUGAAGGAGCUGGAAGUGUAUUGUCUUUACUCAGAAAGAAGUGCUGGGCUAUCGGUCUGUUCGGAGGAAACAGUGAGACGGGUUUCGAUCAGAACACCACCUACUCCAUCUUCAGCGUUUCAGUCACCCUGAGCGACGAGGGCUUCCAGAACUUCUUCCAGGUCAUUCAUACAAUCUUCCAGUAUCUAAAGAUGCUUCAGUCUAUUGGACCUCAGCAGAGAAUCUAUGAGGAAAUCCAAAAGAUUGAAGCCAAUGAGUUCCACUAUCAGGAGCAGACGGAACCAAUUGAGUUUGUGGCCAACAUUUGUGAGAACAUGCAACUUUUCCCAAAAGAGGACUUCCUGUGUGGAGACCAGCUUAUGUUUGAAUACAACCCAGAGGUCAUCUCAGCUGCUUUGACACUCUUGACCCCAAUGACGGCCAACAUAUUACUGCUGUCACCCAAACAUGAUGGUCUCUGUCCGCUAAAGGAGAAGUGGUUUGGGACGCAGUACAGUGUUGAAGAUAUUCCUCAAGAAUACAGUGACCUUUGGGCUGGAGAUUUCCCGCUGAACCCUGACCUCCACCUCCCCGCUGAGAACAAGUUUAUAGCCUCAGAUUUCACCCUCAAAACAUCAGACUGCCCUGACACGGAUUUCCCAGUCAAGAUAAUCGACAACGAGAGAGGCCGUCUGUGGUUCAGAAAGGACAGCAAGUUUAAAAUACCCAAAGCUUAUGCACGCUUCCAGCUGCUCACUCCAAUCAUACUGGAAUCUCCUAAAAAUCUGGUCCUGUUGGAUCUUUUUGUGAAUAUUCUGGCUCAUAAUCUGGCGGAGCCGGCAUACGAUGCAGUUGUGGCUCAGCUGGAGUAUACGUUAAUUCCUGGAGACCACGGCCUGUUCCUCAGACUCAAAGGAUUCAACCACAAACUGCCUUUGCUUCUGAACCUGAUCGUAGACCACCUGGCCGACUUCAGCACCACUCCAGAUGUGUUUAGCAUGUUCACUGAGCAACUGAAGAAAACCUACUACACCAUCCUCAUUAAACCAGAUCAACUUGGAAGAGAUGUUCGACUGCAGAUUCUUGAGCACCAUCGUUUCUCUGUGAUGCAGAGGUAUGAAGCCAUCAUGGCGGACAUCAGCGUGGCUGAUCUCAUGGACUUUGUGAAUCGCUUCAGGGAUGAGUUACAUAUAGAAGGACUCAUACAAGGAAACUUCACAAGGACCGAAUCUAAGGAAUUUCUGCAGUAUUUUAUAGACAAACUUCAGUACAAAGCUCCUCCAGCUGCACUUCCUGUCCUGUUCAGAGUGGUGGAGUUACCACAGACGCACCACUUAUGUAAAGUCCAGUCCCUCAACACGGCAGACGCCAACUCAGAAGUCACAGUAUACUAUCAGACAGGACUGAAAAACUUGCGAGAACAUACGCUGAUGGAGCUGCUUGUGAUGCACAUGGAAGAGCCCUGCUUUGAUUUCCUGAGGACAAAGGAAACUCUAGGGUAUCAGGUGUAUCCCGCCUGCAGAAACACUUCCUGUGUCCUUGGCUUUUCAGUGACCGUCGAGACUCAGGCGACCAAGUUCAGCACUGACUUUGUGGAAGAUAAAAUCGAAGCUUUUCUAGUCAGCUUUGGGGAGAAGAUGAAUAACUUAUCGGAUGAGGCUUUUCAAACUCAAGUGAGCGCUCUGAUCAAGCUGAAGGAGUGUGAAGACACGCAGCUCGGGGACGAAGUGGACAGGAACUGGUUUGAAGUGGUCACACAGCAGUAUGUCUUUGAGAGGCUCAAUAAAGAAAUUGAAGUCCUGAAAGAUGUCACCAAAGAUGAACUGGUGUCUUUUUUCAUGGAGCACAGGCAUGCAAACAGUAGAAAACUAAGUAUACAUGUGGUUGGAUUCGGAGAGAGGGAGAAGGAAACCCACGGAGAUGAUCAAUCCUGUUCUGCCCCUGAGACUCAGGAUGCAGAAAUAAAGCUGUCCUCAUAUGGGAAUGUGUCGGAGCUGAUCUUCCUCCCCGCCUCGCCCGUCCUCGCCAAAGCUACCAUGAUAACGGACAUCUGCGCGUUCACGUCUUCCCUCAAUCUGCACCCCUACCAUAAAAUCCUCAUGUAGACUGACACAAGCUCAGAAUGACCCACGGCUACCUCCAUGAAAACUG